AUGCAAAAAUGUGAUAUUUAUCAUGGAGCAAUUAGACAUUCAGAAAAAUGUUGUGGUAUUGGAUGUGUAAAUAGUUCAUACUUUAUUGUAUGUUGUUUAAAUGAAAAUGUAGUCAUAUUUGAUAGAAAUUUUAAAAAAUUACAAAAUAUUACUUCAUUUUCAAAUUUUUGUUAUGAAGACAUUUCAAGUAUUGUUUGUUGUCAAGAAAGUGGGAAAAUAUUUAUUUCUGGUAAAAAUUUUUUUGUUACAUUUUACCCUAUUUAUACUUUACAAGAUGAUAAGAUAAUUAAUUGUAAAUGGGAGAAAUUAGAGGAAGUUAAAGUUGAUUUUAAUGUUAAUACUGGUGAAUGGUAUUGUAAUGGUACAAGAUUAAUUAUUUCUACAGGUAAUUAUUUAGAAAUAUAUGAAAUUAAUUAUUUUAAUAAUAAUAUAAGUACAAAAAAUAUUCAAGAACAAUUAACAAAUAAGAUAUGGAGGUAUUAUCUUCCAUCUCCUGUUACAAUCAUCUCAUCAUCCAAUGAUUCAAUGUUUUUUGCUACAGCUGGUAAUUUUGAUACAAAAGUAAUUAUAUGGUAUCAAAUGGCAAGUUACCUUUCAUCAACCAUAGAUAAUAAAUUGAUGUUUGAUUUUACAAUAUUAAAUCACCCAACAUAUAUUAUAAAUUUUGAGUGGAGAAAAAUUCCAAAAGAAAUUUUUCGUUAUGAAAUUGAAAAUUGCAUUAUUACAUUUUGUAAAGAUAACAUUGCUCGAGUAUGGAAAGAAAAUAUAUUAAAUGAGGAAUUAUACAUUGAUUGUGAUGUUGAACAACCAAGUGAUAUAAUUUUUGAAAGUUCAAAGAUAAAAGAAAAUGAUCAAAAACGAAAAAAUUAUUUCAAGAAAAUGAUGGAAAAUAUUUUAGUAAAUAGUGAUGAUACAUAUGAUAAUACUGAAAAUGAGGUGAAAAAAUUAAGUUUGAUUAAUAAAAAAAAUUUAAAUAAUGAUACUUUAAAUCCUCCAUUAAAAAUGAAGAAAGUAUUUUUUCAUAUUGUAUCUAGUAUUGUUUCUGAAAAUAUUCCUGAUGAUGUUGAUAUUUAUGGAAAUUCAACUAAAUUAUUUACACCACAUUGGUUAAAUAAUAAAUAUUUAGCAUUUUUAAUAAAUUUUAAAGAAAUUUUAAAUGAUUCAAAUUUUUGUGAAGAUGAAGCUGAUGAUAACUCUGAUAAUAAAUCAUCAAUCAUAUCAAAUAUUGAAAAAUUUUAUGAUGAAUGGAAAAAAACUUCUGAUGGUUUAUUUUCUAUAAAUGAAAAAACUGGAACAUUAACAAUUUGGAAUAUUUUUAAUCUUGAUAGUUAUUUUAAAAGUAGUGAUACAAAACUUAUUUCAUCAAUACAAAAUGUCCUUUCAAUAUCUCAUUUACCAUCAAAAAUAAGCAGUGCAUUUUUUUUACCAUUUGACACUUUUAAUUAUCAUUUUGUAAUUAGUGAGGAGGCUGAUAAUUUAGAAAAAAAUAAUAUAAUGAUGGAUGAUGCUAAUUCUAAUUUAUUAGUAAUAUAUUCUGAUGGGAGAAUUGAUAUAUCACAGACGAAUGUUCAUUAUCAAUCAAAUUUAACAUUUUUAGAAAGCAUAAAUCAUUAUACUUCCUUGUAUGGAGCUAAAUAUUCUAUUGAAAAUAUAACAUCAUAUUUAGAUUUAUGUUUAACAAUGGGUUCUAGGAAAAAUAUAAAUGAUAAAGAAUAUCAACUAGAAAUUAUUUUAUGGAAAAUAGAUAAUAAUAAUAAUAAUAAAGAGACCAAACAUUUAUUAGAGGAAAUAUCACGAUUAUACUUAAAUGUAUCUGAAUAUCAUAAUAAAAUAACAUGGCUUCGUAACAAAGAUAAUGAUUUACGUAAUAAAUUUCCAUUAACAUUUGCCAUGUAUUAUGAUGGUAAAUUAAACGUUUAUGAAAUCUAUGAAAAUAAUGUUAAUGUUAACAGAAAUGUUGAACAAGAGUACAUUAAUAAUAGUACAUUAAUGAAAUCUAUUUUAUCAAUUGAUAUAAAUAAAUAUGGUAUUGAUAAUAUAUUUUGUUUACAAUUUACCACUCCAGGUGAAUUUUUUUUAAAACGUCACUCAGAAUUAAAUUAUUUGUUUAUUAUUGGGAAAUGUAAUAAUUUAAAAAAUCCAAAAAUAAUUUUAUGGGAAUAUGAUGAGAAAUGUUUAAAUGUUAACUUUAUUUCUAUUGAAUAUUUUAAUGAAGAAAAUAUUUCUAAUAUAUUUAUUAUUCAGAAAGAUAAAAGCAUAACAGGUAUGAUGUUUGAUUAUACUAAUUAUCCACAAAUAUGUCUCCAAACAACUAAUAAUUUAUUUUAUUUUUAUAAUAUAACAAAAGAAUGCAUUUUUACUAAGAAUAAUGGUAUGACUUUUCAAGCACCAAUGCAUACAUUAGCAUCAGCUAUCUAUGAUGGAAGAAUGGCUAUUCUUAAAAAAUGUAAUAAUGAAUUAAUUUUAGAUAUAUAUGAAUGUAGAAAUUUAAAUGGUACAAUGUGGAAAAAAGAAUCAUUUUUUAUUUUUCCUAUUGAAAGUAAUAUUAAUAAAGAUAAUGUAUUAAUUACUUGGGUAUUAGGGGCAGAAAAAGGAUAUAAAUUAUGUAUUCAAAUUUAUAAUGAAAUACAUAUUUUUUUAUUAUCAUUACAUAAUACAUUAUUAUUAAUAUGCAGGUUUUUUUUAAAUGAUAAAUAUCAUUACCCUUCAAUGGAAUGGUUAGAAAAUAAUAAAUUUUUAGUUGCUGAUGGUAAUGCACUUGAAUUAUGUUCAUUAAAUGAAAACUCUUUAAAUAAUUUAAAAAAUAAAAACAUUCAAUAUCAUCCAGAUUAUCUGGUUAAUUUAAUUGAAACAAAUAAUAUGGAUAUUGUAAAUAUUAUUUUUAAAAAUAUACUUAAUCAAAUAACAAAAUAUAAAAAAUAUUCUAAAAAUAAUAUCAAAACAAUAUAUAUAGAACCAAUUCCUGAAAAUGAAAUUAAGAAAUUAAUUACAUUGAGAGAUGAAAAGAUUACCCUAGAUGAGUAUAUAGAAAAAAAGGAAAUGGAAGAAAAAAAAAGUUGUCUGGAAGGUAUUUUUAAUAUAGGUAUUAAUUGUCAUUCUCAAAAAGGAAAUGAUUUAUUUGAUAAUACAUUAUCUUUUAAUGACAAUGUAUCGAUUCAUAGUGAUGAUUUUAAUAUUGAUAUAUCUUCUGAUGAUGAAAUUGAUUCUGAGAAAAGUAAUGAUGAAGAGUAUUAUGAAAAUAAGAAUAAUAUUUAUUCAUUAGAAAAUGUUGAGUUGACUGAAAGUGACUGUAAAGAAUUAUCAAAUAUUUUAAUGAAAAUUGGAUUGGCAGGUUUAUGUAAAGAAGAAAUUUAUCAAUUAAUUUCAAUUGCUGAAGCUUUAAAUAAAUAUUUUUUAAUAAAAGACAACAUUGCAUAUGACUAUUGUGGUAAAAAGUACUACAUAUUUCUUCAAUUUUUUUCAUCAUUAAAAAAAUUAGACAAUUCACAAAUUUUUCAAUUACCUUCUUCAACUAUUGUUUGGGCAUUUCAUUCAACCUCAGAAAAUGAAUUAUUUGAAAAUGUACUUAUAGAAGUUAAUGAUGAUAUGUGUUGGAAAAAUUUAAAAAAUUAUGGUAUUGGUUGGUGGUUAAGGCAUCCUGAUAAUUUAAAAAAAUGUUUUGAAAAACUCGCUCAUCAUGCAUAUUUAAAAAAAAAUAAUCCAAUGGAUGCUGCUAUUUAUUAUAUGAUUCUUAGAAAAAAAAAUGUUAUUGCUACUUUAUUUCGUAAACAAAAUGAUACUGCAAGAUCUAAUUUUUUUGCACAAUCUUAUGAAACAGAGAAAGAUAAAAUUUUUGCUAUGAAAAAUGCUUUUAAUUGUAUAUCUAAAGGUGAAUAUUUUUAUGCUGUAGCAAUAUUUUUAUGUUGUAAUGACAUUGAAAAUGCACUAAAAGUAGUUAUGGAAAGGUUAAAUGACAUUCAAUUAGGUAUUAUGAUUAUUAGAACAUAUAUUAUUAAUGUUUAUGAACAGGAAAAAUAUAUAGAAAAUAUUAUUUUGAAAUAUAUUUUAAAUUUAACAAGGCAGAAAAUUGAUAAAUGGAAAAAUUAUAUUAAAGAAGAUUUAAUUAAAAUUGAUGAAGGAGAUAUUUUAUUUGAUGAAGAUAGUAAUGAUGAUCCAUAUUUAAGAUCAAUGGCAUUUUUUAUAAUAAAAGAAUAUCAUUUAUCAUCCCUUACUUUACUUCAUUAUGAGAAAAGCACCAAAAAAUAUCCAACUGGAGGAUUGGGUAGUUUAUCAUGUCAAUUAACAUCGUUGUUUACUUUAUACAAAUAUCUUCUUAAGCAUCCUUAUGUUUUACGUCAAAAAAAGUUUCUUUGUCAAGAUGUAAUAUCAAGAGAAAAUUUUUGA